CAGACCCUCGCCGCGAUAUCUUCUCAUUCACUCUCGCUCUCUCUAAAAUCCAGAUUCAAGCUUUUUCUCCCCGGAAUCCAAGUUCGCUCUCAUUCACUCUUGGUCUUUAAUAUUUGAAUCUACGUUAUUAUCAUACUUAAGAAAUAGGGAAGCACUCAUCUGAUUAUUGAGAUGCAAUCAAACGGUUCUGGUUCCCAACAACAACAGCAACCAUCGGAGCAGAAUCAACGGCAACAGCAAACGCCAACGCAGACGCCGCCCCCACUACAGCCACUGGCGCUGCCGCAGCAGUGGAUGCCGAUGCAAUACCCUGUGGCGGCUAUGGUAAUGCAGCAUCACAUGUUGCCAUCCCAGCAUUAUGGGCCGCCGCCACCUCAGCCCUAUAUGCCUUACCACCAGUACCAACCGUUACCGCAUGUAACUCACCCUCAACAGCAUCAACAUCAGGGAUCCACCGGCGAGAACAAAACGAUCUGGGUCGGCGAUUUACAUCAUUGGAUGGAUGAGAAUUAUCUCCAUCGCUGCUUCGCUUCCACGGGAGAGAUUUCCUCCAUCAAGGUUAUUCGCAACAAGCAGACUGGCCUAUCAGAGGGCUAUGGAUUUGUGGAAUUCUAUUCUCAUGCCACGGCGGAAAAUGUUUUACAGAAUUAUGGUUCCAUUUUGAUGCCCAAUACAGAUCAACCUUUUCGCCUGAACUGGGCAACAUUUAGCACAGGCGACAAGCGUUCAGAUAAUGUUCCCGACCUUUCUAUUUUUGUAGGAGACUUAGCUGCCGAUGUUACAGAUAGCAUGUUGCAUGAGACUUUUGCUAGUAGAUAUCCUUCUGUUAAAGCUGCAAAAGUUGUUUUUGAUGCCAAUACUGGUCGUUCAAAGGGUUAUGGCUUCGUCAGGUUUGGAGAUGAUAAUGAGAGGUCUCAGGCUAUGACUGAAAUGAAUGGUGCAUAUUGUUCUAGCAGACCAAUGCGUAUUGGUGCUGCAACUCCUAGGAAAUCAUCUGGCUACCAACAAGGAGGCCAUGCGUCAAAUGGAACAUCCAACCAAUCUGAAGCAGACUCAACAAACACAACUAUAUUUGUUGGAGGACUUGACCCUAAUGUAACAGAUGACGAUCUUAGGCAGCCAUUCUCCCAGUAUGGUGAGAUCGUCUCUGUCAAGAUACCUGUUGGAAAGGGAUGUGGAUUUGUACAAUUUGCAAUCAGGAAUAAUGCUGAAGAGGCAUUGCAGAAGCUAAAUGGGACGGUGAUUGGCAAGCAAACAGUUCGUCUUUCUUGGGGCCGCAAUCCGGCAAAUAAGCAGCAGUUUAGGGCGGACUUUGGCAACCACUGGAGCGGGGCGUAUUAUGGGGGUCCUGUUUAUGAUGGUUAUGGAUAUGCUUUGCCACCACCUCAUGACCCCAGAAUAUAUGCUGCUGCAUAUGGGUCUUACCCCAUAUAUGGAGGCCACCAACAGCAAGUAAGCUGAAUGGAAUGCCGGAUUAGCUCACACAACAGUAUCACGCUUCAAUGGGCAACUCAUAUCUCCCUUGUAACUUGAUCUGUUGAGAUCUCAAGAAUCCCUCCUAAUUGUGGAGUGGAGUUGAAUUUUGACAGCCUGAAGUAGCUCGCUAGGGAUUCAAUUAAUCAUUUGUUUAGACAUAUAGGAGUAACAAGUGACUUAAGCUUGGUCAUUGGAAUAAUUGUCUUCUAAGUAUGCUUCUAUAUCUACCUUUAAAGCUUUUCGGUUAUCA